AGUCAGUCACACACCAUGAGAGGUCCAUUUUGAAAAGGGUGCACUUUUUUUUUUCAACGCAACAAGAGCAUCCCUCGGUCGGACGGCGGUGACUCAUUGCGCACGGGCAGGCAGUCAGGCAGUCAGGCAGGCAGGCAGGCAGGGCUUUAUUUUUUACGCUUCGCGGUGGAGGAUCGAUACCUCCAAUAUCGUGGUGGAAGGCGUGGCUUGGUGUCACCGACAACAGGGCUGGUUUUCCAUAUUCAUUUUUAGGGUUUUGCCUCAUCUCACUGGCACGAACGCACCCCCAGAAGGAGCUAGGGGGACAUAGAGCCUCUCUUAAGGGAAUCACACAAAAGACCCAUCUGUUUUCAUCUUUGGAUUACAACAAUAUUUAAAGACUGAAGCAGUGUAUCCAGCAUGGGAACCAACCCAAAAAGGACAGUGACAGUCCAGAUGGUGCCUCAGCUGGCUGUGGUAGACACGCUGGGCAAUAAGGAGCCCAAUGCCAACAGGGCGAACGAGCCCAACCUCAAACUCUCUCAGAUUUGUCCAAAAACAACCCUCACAUCUCCUGAUCACACACAGGAUAACUCAUCUCUGACUGCUGCUCCCAAUAUCACACAAAUCCCAAAAACAGCUUCAAAGGGAGGAGAACCAGUCUGCAGCGCUGUGUCAGACAAACCAGUAGCGACUAAUGGAAACCAGACGAAGACAGAACCUGUGACAGGAGGAGAUCAACAGAUGCAAGACCUGACUCUAAUAAGUCAAAGUGUGGGUGAAGCAGGAGACCAGAGGGAUUCAAACGCUAACAUUAAAAUGAUAAGCAUGACUGAUCAAAAGGAUGUCUGUAAGGGGUGUGUGUCGCCUGCUCUUACAGCCUCAAAGAUCGACAUGCAGAACAAUGACUGCAGAAUAAAAGGGCAGAGUGCAGCAGAGGAGGAAUAUGCAAAGUUGGCAUCAUCAUCACAAGAGCACAGUAAUACAAAUGCAUCACCAAGUAUUACAAAUCUCAACAACCCCUGUGAAUUAAGGCAUACAGCAUCUGAACCACAACAGGAUUAUAAAGGAAGUAGUACAGCUCCAAAAAAUAGGGACACAGCUGUACCACAGAAACUUCAAGAGCCAGAUCACAUGUGUAGCAGCUCACAAAGCUCUGUCAAUCCGAAAGAGACUCCAAAAGCUAAACAAGGCAUAGAAACUACUGCAGCUCCCCUUAGCUCAACUACACCUCUGUCUAAGGGCAAGGAUGCAGAGGUUAGUGUACUGAUAAGAUUUCAUGUUCAACACAUCCAGAGAAGGACACGCCAACAGUAGAAACCACAAGUCUCUUCAGAUAAACAUCAACCACCGUUUUCUCAGAAGGACUCAUCCACGCUGGAGGAUCCGAAAGAGACUCCCAAAGCUAAACAAAGCAUCGAAACUACUGCAGCUCCUUUUUGCUCCAUUACACCUCCAUCUAAGAGCAAAGAUGCAGAGCUUAGGUGUACUGACACAACUUCAAGUUCAACACAUCCAAAGAAGGACAUGCCUCCCGAAAAGAAACCUCAUGUCUCCUCAGAAAAACAUCCAGCAUCUUCACAGAAGGACUCCUCCACUCUGCCCCAGGCGUCACAAAGCAUGAUGGCAGAUGUGUCUGAGGAGGCCAUCCAGAUCAACACAUCUGUCUCUGAAGGGCAGCAGCAGCUCGGCAAGCUGUUCAAGGAGGCUUCGACGAUGACCUUAUCCCCAUCACCCACUCCAGUCAAGCAGCGUCACGAUAUGGAGGUUCAGGCGGUGGUGACCACGUGCAGCAAGGCCGUGUCCACAAGUCCCAGCCUGCUGCCUUUCGAUGUGCCUCGCAACGGUGGUGCAGUCCCCAGGGAGGCGGCGCAGAGCCUGGCUGUGGUCUACCAGGCCGACGGGGGCGUGGGAAUACAUCAGAUCAGCAUGAGUCCUCUACCUGCUGAUCCAAGGUCAGAGAGACUCACGGUUGAGGCAGAGAUGUGCCCUAACCAAAAUGUCAGUGUGGGUUUUCCUUCAGAAACUUUGUCCCAGCAGCAGGACAAAAGGCUCGGAGCCAAGCCUAAAGACUCAGCUCUCUGCAACACACAGCCAGUUUAUCAGAUCAAUAUUGAACACAGCAACCACAAAGAGCAAGGAGAGACGGGUAACUCCCAGAAUAAAACAAGUGUUCAGAAAUCUACAGCAAAAACAGCCACUGCUGAGGCUCCCUCUCUUAAAUCAGGAAAAACCCCAGAGACAGAGGGUGCUACCAAGGCUGGAUCUGCUGACAGUAACAAUGCUGCGCUGUCUCGGGCUUCUGUUAAAACCAAGCCAACUCAGGCCCCGCCAAUAGCAACAACAGCAACAAAAACAGCAUCCAAGCCAGAACCAACGAAAGCAAAAGCUGCAAGUCCGAAACAGAAGGCUAAAGCUGGUGGUAAAGCCUCGAAGAAAGAGACAAAGUCAGGCAAACAGAAGACAGAACAAGAGAGGAAGAAAGAAGAGGAUGACCAGAAGGAAAAGAGCAUCCAUGAUGUCGUCUGGGAUGAACAGGGCAUGACAUGGGAGGUUUACGGGGCGUCUGUGGACCCAGAAUCCCUCGGUUUUGCCAUUCAGAGCCACUUGCAGUGCAAAAUCAAGGAGCAAGAGAGGAAACUGGUCGUGCAGACCUCCAUCAGGAAGUCAGUCUCUGUUGCGGACUCGCCAGGCCACGGCAAGAAGAACAAAAGGAGGCAGCAGAACAUUUUCAGGUCAAUGCUGCAAAAUGUCAGACGGCCAAACUGCUGCGUGCAUCCCCCUCCCUCCUCCAUCCUCGAGUAGCACAGCGCAGAGGUAGCCAAUGUCAAACUCUUCUGUUUUUCCUAGAGGUCAAAAUGUUUGUCCUCCCCUUCGACAUGAUUGCAAUGCCAAGUGAAAGCAUUAAUGAGACGACGAUCCCUGUAAGUAAGUAAGUAAGUAAGUCAGUAAGUAGACUGGACUGUUGUAGCAUAAAGAGUCGAACUAUUUGUAAUGUUUGUGAAGAAGGUAGAAAAUAGAAAUAUACUAUGAACAACCCAAGAUUUAUUUUCUAGAAAUAGAUAUUAUAAAAAGAGAGAGAACUUUACCUAACAGAGGCAAUAAUAGAGGAACGCAUGUACAAGUUAGGAUUGUGUGACCUAAAGUGAAGUGCAGACCUUCACAGGGAAAGACACUGAGCGCAGGCUAGACAUAUAACUUACUAUUUGUGCAAAUAUAACCAACAUCUCAUUGCAUUUGGUGCAUUUGGUAUAUGUUUUUGAGGUGUUUUUUUGGGGCCCUAUAUUUAUAAAAUUGUUGUCUUUUCUUUUCAUGCACAUUUAUCUUUAGUAAGUGAUUAUGUUGUGCAAAAAAGGGACUGUAUGCAAACAUGCGCUGUUUAAUCUCUGUUCUUCUUUGGUUUUCUAUUAAAAGAACAAAAAACUAA